AUGCCGCUUCCAGCUGGUUUCGGUCUUGCUCGUCUGGUGGCUGUGACCGGGCGCAUUCCCUCCGCGGGUCGCCUCGUGGAUGGCAAAGCGGCAGGGAGCACCUUGAGCCUCUCGCCGGCGAGGAAAGGUCUCUCCCUCCCACUGGAGCGCGGCUUUCUGGCCUGCAGAGUAUGGCGGCCGCAGCCUGCGGUCUUCGCCGGCAGCUCAGGCGUCAGAAGGCUGCUCUCCGCGGCGUCCGCGGGAGUGUUGGCGCUUCCGCAGCCAAAGACGGUCGCAAGCGGCGUCCCCGUGGUCGCCGCCGCGCGUUUGCAAGUCAGACUGCUGAGCGCGACGGGAACCGCGAGGGUUGCCGGGCGACACGACCUUAGCGGCCUUCCCCCGAAGGACGCGGACCCCGAGGAGAUCGAGCGCCUCAUCGCAAAUCGAGCCAAAGGCGAAAGACGAACGAACCGCCGUCUCUUCGGCGUCAUCCUCCUGCUGGGCACCGGCGUGUACCUGUUCAACGCGGCGGGGGAUGUGAGCACGCAGCUCUACGCUCUCUACGAGCCGGUGAUGUCCACGCUCUUCCCCUUCCUGACUGCGGGGCCGUUCGACCCCGAGACGGCUCACCACUACGCCAUGGAGUUGGCGAAGCGAGGCUGGCUGCCCGUCGACUACGACAGGGAAGAAGCCGCGAUGAACGUCGACAUCAAAGGCCUGAAAUUCGUAAGCCCGAUUGGCCUCGCCGCAGGCUUCGACAAACACGCAGAGGCGCCCGCCGCCCUGAUGAGGAUGGGUUUCAGUUUCCUCGAGGUGGGGUCCAUCACGCCUGAGCCGCAGCCGGGCAACCCCAAGCCGCGGCUUUUCAGGCUCCCCGAAGACCGCUCGAUCAUCAACCGCUUUGGCUUCAACAGCAAGGGAGUUGAGUACGCUGAGCAGCAGCUCUCAGCUUUCGCGGAGGCUCGGUGGAAGGAUCCGUUCACCGCGGGCGGUGUUCUCGGAGUUAACAUCGGCAAGAACAAAACAAGCGAGGACGCGGUUGGCGACAUCCGUAAAGGCAUCAGCAAGCUGGGCAGGUUCGCCGAUUUCCUUGUCGUGAAUCUGUCCUCUCCCAACACCCCUGGGCUCCGCAGCCUUCAGCAGAAGUCCCACUUGGCGUCCAUUAUUGAUGGCGCCAAGGCGGAGCUCGACGCCCUGGACAAGGAGGCGAAGGCCGUGGUCGAGAAGGUGGGCGCUCAGGCGGAUGCAGGGUCCCCCUCACGCGCCUUCUACGUCAACCAGACUGGCAAGCGGCCGCUGUUCUUCGUGAAAAUCGCGCCGGACCUCACGAUGGAGGAGAAGCAGAGCAUCGCUGAAGUUGCGCUUGAGAAGAAACUCGAUGGGCUCGUCGUCUCCAACACAACGAUCCAGCGCCCGGAUACGCUGAAGUCUUCGCACAAGACAGAGACUGGCGGGCUCAGUGGGCGGGCCCUGAAGGACAUGUCGACCGCCUGUGUCUCCGAUAUGUAUAAGCUGACCGACGGGAAGCUUGUUAUCAUUGCGACGGGAGGCGUCGAAAGCGGCCGCGACGCUCUGGACAAAAUCGAAGCGGGCGCAUCGCUUGUUGAAAUCUACAGCAGCAUGAUCUUCGCGGGCCCUCAGAUUGCUCGGCGCGUAAAGAACGAACUCUACAGCCUUCUGAAUGAAAAAGGCUACAAGGAUGUGGCUGCUGCAGUGGGCCGGAAGCACCGGGUGGUGCAGGAGAAGAAGUUGCACGCGCCGAAGUUUGACUAA